GUCUAAUCCCAAUCUCGAUUGGGGCUCGAGCCAUAGAUCCCUGGACUGGGAAGGCUGGUCCCAUCGUUGGAGCUCAAAUGGAUCCCUCUGCCAGGGUGGUGGUGCCCAUUGUCUAGGUGCUGGAGGCCUUAGCUCGGGGAGUGAGAGACCCCAGUCUGCUGAAGGCUGCAGAGGAGGCCUGCCAGGCCCUUGAGUCCCACUGCCUGCAGGAGACGGAGAGAAGAGCCAGGGCUCUGAGCACACACAGCAGCCCAGAGCGGGGCCUGCUCUCUCAAGCAGACAGAGAGGAGUGGGAGCAGGAGGCACAGGUGGUGCUGGGUGUACGGAAGGUCCUGCAGAGUUUAGGACAGGCAGCAGAAAAGCUUCGGCAAGCAGCUGGCCGGCUGCCGGGCCAGAAGGAGGAGAUGCGGCUGCAGCAAAGCAGGAAUCAGAGCCCACAGGUCUGGAACCGCCCCAGGAAGAUGAUUGCCUCAGGAACCGUUGUGUGUUUGGAGAAUUACCCUGGAGACAUCACCACUUCUCUCAGGGACCGGGCUGCUGCCUGUCCCCUGUUGAUCCCAUUCCUGAAGCAGCUCACUGCAGCGCUAGUAGGAGCUCCAGGGCUGGAGGAUCAGAGGCCAGAAACAGAUAAAGCUGACGUCAUCUGGACUUCACCAUUCUUCUCCAUCCUGAAGAAAACAGACAUCUGGUCCCAAGCCCACAAGGAAGAAGCUGAACUGCAAAAACAAGUGUAUCACAAACCAGACCCAAAGAGCUCUUUGCAGGAUCUUCUAAAACCUCAGACAAUGCAGAAGGAAGAGUUGAUAACUAUGCAACCCACUGACUUUUCUGCCAGGGAGUUUGUGGUUUACCAGUAUGGCCUCUCCAUCCUGCACCUCCUCAUCCCCCAGCUUCAUGCUCCAGAAAUCAUCCUGAAGAUUGCUUCUCAUCUUCCUGCCAUGGAAGCCCAAGGCAGUGCCUUCCACAGUGCCUUCUUCUAUCAGGUGCUGCAAAUUCAUUCCCAGAUGUGGGUUAUAAAAUUCUGGGGUCCAGUGUAGAUAAAUGAAAGC